ACCUUUUCAAAUAAUGUGCCUCUGCCCUGUUCAGAAUCACUCCUGGAAGCUUCAGAUCCCUUCUCUACAAUGAACCUCAGCACUGCACACCACCAAGUAUCCCUAAGUGAUGGGAAAAACAUUCCAGUCAUUGGGCUUGGAACCUACUCAGACCCUAGACCGGUCCCUGGGAAGACCUAUGUGGCAGUGAAGACAGCUAUUGAUGAGGGGUACCGGCACAUUGACGGCGCCCACAUCUACCAAAACGAGCAUGAAGUAGGUGAGGCCAUCAGAGAAAAGAUAGCAGAAGGGAAGAUAAAGAGGGAAGAGAUCUUCUACUGCGGAAAGUUAUGGUCUACAGAGCAUGUCCCAUCGAUGGUCCGCCCAGCCCUGGAAAGGACGCUAAAGGCUCUCAAGCUAGAUUACAUAGACCUGUAUAUUAUUGAAAUGCCCAUGGCCUUUAAGCCUGGAAAGGAAAUUUACCCUAGAGACAAAAAUGGCCGAGUUAUAUAUGACAAAACAAAUCUGUGUGCCACCUGGGAGGCAUUGGAAGUUUGCAAAGAUGCUGGCUUGGUGAAAUCCCUUGGGGUAUCUAAUUUUAACCGCAGGCAGCUGGAGCUCAUCUUGAACAAGCCAGGACUCAAGUACAAGCCGGUCACCAACCAGGUGGAGUGCCAUCCGUAUUUCACCCAGACAAAACUCUUGAAAUUCUGCCAGCGGCACGACAUCGUCAUUGUCGCACAUAGCCCCUUAGGGACCUGUCGCAACCCAUCAUGGGUGAAUGUAUCUUCUCCGCCCUUGUUAAAUGACGAACUCCUAACCUCACUGGGGAAAAAGUACAAUAAGACACAAGCUCAAAUUGUGCUGCGUUUCAACAUCCAGCGAGGGAUAGUUGUCAUUCCUAAAAGCUUUACCCCCGAAAGGAUCAAAGAAAACUUUCAGAUCUUUGACUUUUCUCUCACGGAAGAAGAAAUGAAAGACAUUGAAGCCUUGAAUAAAAACAUCCGCUAUGUGGAGUUGCUCAUGUGGAGUGACCAUCCUGAAUACCCAUUUCAUGACGAAUACUGAACAUGGAAAUUUCUUCAACGGAGUUUUUUUUUUUUUCCCUUCAUUCAAGAUCUUGAGCUGGUUAAUCCCCUCCAGAUGUAGAUAAAUGGGGUCUUGCUCUCUUCAGAUUAAGAUGAGCAGAACACACCAUGCUUAACUUUUGUGUAGUAUUAACUCAGCUAGCUCUGAUGAAGAGAAAAGAAGAUUUAAAUCUAUCUGGAUAGUUCCUUGCGGAUGCUCUACUAAUAUCUUUAGAUCAAUGUCUUCUAGACUGUUGAUGGAAAUCACUAAACUUUACUUCAAAAGUAGCAUGUAAAAGCAGGUCCAUGAAUCUGAGACUACUACAGGGAGUCUGGUUUGUUUAACCUUUAGCAGGACAAAGAGGUUUGCAGUUGGCAUGCUUCCUGGUGCUGACCAUGACCAUGACCUACCAAAUGUUUGGACCUCUAAUUGCAAGAUGUGA